GGUGCAGUUCGCAAUCAGGGACUUCGCCGGCACAAGCAGCACGAAAUGUUCGAACCAUUGCGCAAAAUUACGCUUCUUGGUAUACUCCUGUUCGAUGGUGAAGGAUAAGCUUACUUUUAAAAAUCGUGGUCAAUAAACAGAUCAACCAGAAAUGAAGCCGGCUCCGAACAAAUGUGGAUUCAAUUUUCUAUUCGUCUUCCUCCUCUAUGUCAAUCUCAAAAAUACGAAUGUGUAUAGAUACUGAUUCUGAUACUGUCGUAGUUGACAACUCCACCCCAUUGAAGCAGGUGUGCAAACUUUCGUAGCCGUGAAUGCGCUGCAGGCUGGCUUUCAGAUGGCUGUUGUGCUCUUGAGAGGAGCGGCGCAAAGGCAUGAGAUGGUGAAUGAAUUUCUCGAGAAGCAAGAAAGCCUGAUCGAAGGACUGGAGUAUAUGAUUUUCGGUGCUGGGCUCAUUGCUAGUAUGGGUGCUCUCUACAACAUUGUGGCAUUCGAAAAGCACAUGGGGCACUGGCUGAAUCUCUUUCAGCCGAAAUGGAAAUUUUGGAGCGCAAAGGUAUCAUCAUUUUAGUCUGGUUAGCGAUGAUCAUAUUACAACUUCGUAUGAAAUUGAAAAUUAUUAUAUUUUUUAUAAUAUACUGGCAAGAAGUAGAAGAACCUGCCUGCUACACGAAGACAAGAUCACGAAUCUCCAACCAUGAUGAAGCGACUUAUUUGUGAAGAGCGCAGGCAAAGGCAUUCGAGGUUUUGCUUUCGCACAAUACCCUGAACCUGGUUCUCGAUGUGGUCGAUGUCCAUCCUGGUGACUACAACAGGUCCUUGUUUCCUUGUCGCACUUCCAGUUGCUGAUCCUGAGUAUUUUGGUUCGUUGUGGAGUUCUGUCGGAACAGCAGAAAAAACUCCUGUUUGCCAUAUUGGUUACGCUGGAGUGCCUGCCGAUCGCGGUUAUCAACCUUAAAGUUAAGGCUUCCCCUAAUGCAUCUUUUUGAAGGACAUCCUGAAGAAUCUGCUUUUCAAGGGCAAAAGGGGCCUAGGAUGCAUUUCGAGAUGGAUUAGGGUGAAAGCUAAUAAAGCCUGGGAUGCAAAGAGCCAUUGGGCGCGGGAACCGGAGUGGAGCCGACCGAGCAUCGUUGUCGACGCAAAAGGAAGCGGGGGAACGAGUAAGCAUUAG